AUAUAGUCAAUAAUUCAACAAUUGGUGGCAUUUUAUUAACCCAAUUAGUUAAAUAUAAUAUUUCUUACAUUUUACCAAAAUUAUUUGUUACUGAUUCUGCGACUUAUAUAAAAAAGUGUUAUAGAGAAAUAUUAAAACCCGUUAUGCCGCAGUUAAUUCAUGCACCUUGUUGUGCACAUAUUCUUAAUCUUAUUGG